AUCAUCUCAUUUGCUGCGUUGUUUUGUUUGCCGCGCCCACAGAAAUAGGCGCCAGUUCAUCCGCUUCCAUUCCUAGUUCUCACCACCCAGAAGUCCACCUCCUUGUUGCCUUCCUCCAAUCCCAAAUCUCACCUCCUUCCAGUUCCAGCUAUCGCUUCUCGUGUUGGCUCGCCUCUUCCUCCAUUCAGUGGCUCCUUAGAUCGGCUCAGGGACACACCAGCUGAUCGUGUCGGCGCCGAAUCUAGUGGCAAUUUCUCGCUAUUGUUGCCCCGGAGCAGUGGUUUGGAUCCAAGAAAGCGGCCGACCUUCUUGGUUGUAUAUCCUCCCGCAAUGGCGGCGCUCCUGGAGCUGUUCCUGGGCUCCUCGUCCGCACCGGUGGACUGGGAGGCAGAGGCCUACCCGGCGUACGGGGACUUCGCCGUGCUACCCUUACUCGUCGCCUUUUUCCCCGCCGUCCGGUUCCUCCUCGACCGACUCGUCUUCGAGGUUUUAGCACGGAAACUUAUAUUUGGAAAAGAACAUGAUAAGCUUGCUGAAACAGAUGACAGUAGAAAGAAAAUCAAUAAAUUUAAGGAAUCAGCAUGGAAGUUUGUUUAUUUUCUUUCUGGAGAACUGCUUUCACUAUCUGUAACAUACAAUGAGCCAUGGUUUAAGAACACCAGAUACUUUUGGAUAGGCCCUGGUGACCAGAUCUGGCCUGAUCAAAUGAUAAAACUGAAGCUCAAAGCUGUCUACAUGUAUGCUGCUGGAUUUUACACAUAUUCAAUUUUCGCUCUUCUGUUCUGGGAAACAAGGCGUUCGGACUUUGGAGUAUCAAUGUCCCACCAUAUAGCAACUGUUGUUCUGAUUGUUCUUUCCUACAUUUUCAGAUUUGCUCGUGUUGGCUCUGUUGUUUUAGCCCUUCAUGAUGCAAGUGAUAUAUUCCUAGAGAUUGGGAAGAUGGCCAAGUACAGUAGCUGCGAGUGGCUAGCAGUUGUGGCAUUUCUUCUUUUCGUGGCAUCGUGGAUACUUCUCCGGCUUGUUAUAUUCCCUUUCUGGAUCCUAAGAAGCACAAGCUAUGAAGUACUGCUGACCCUGGACAAGGAGAAACAUCAGUUUUAUGGCCCCAUAUACUAUUAUGUUUUCAACUGUCUUCUGUUCUCACUCCUAGUUCUUCACAUAUAUUGGUGGGUACUGAUAUGGCGGAUGCUAGUUAAGCAGAUUCAAUCGAAAGGGCAUGUUGGUGAUGAUGUUCGAUCCGAUUCUGAAGGCGAAGAGGAACAUGAAGAUUAACUUUUUAGGUUGAAUGCUUAACUGAAGAACUAUGUUGUGUGAUACCUACAGCAAGGCACACCUUCUGAAACCACCUUUUUCCUUCUAAAGAAGAUUUGCAGAUAUUAGAUUUUAUUAGAUCAUAUCAUUCUUUCAGCAUCAAAGAUGACAACUAUCAUUUGCGAGUUGCCACUGAAGCCGUCUGUGCUCUUGGAUGUUUGCAUGAAAACAGAAGUGAAUUGUAUUUUUUUCCCAGUCAACCGUCGUUUGUAAAAGAUACAGAAUAAUCGCUUGUUCAUCCAUUCUUGUAACUAGACAGUUGAUUUGAUUUCAAAUCAUGUAAUUUGCUACAUCAGCUUAGUUGAUUACUUGGUGUAUCAUCCAUUAUGAUGUAAAUGGGAGUCUUGGGAAGUUCACAACAAGAAUGUGACACUAUGUACUGUUAUUUCUCCUAUUAUUUUAAUAAGAGCACAGAGAAGUAGCCCAAGUGCAAGGAUAU